GCUUCGCCGGGGUGCCGUGGCCUUUAAGGCCUUUAACGUAUCAAAGUCCGCGCGAAGGCAAUAGUAGGGAUCGAGGGUAGAGUCAGUUUGACGCGGACGAUGCGAGAACGUCACGGCACUCAGACGGUUGCCGUCGUCACCGCUGUCGAUUGCAGGAAGUCGCCAGUCCCGUAGACCGCGGCCUCCCAUGGUGGCGAUCACCACGUGUCACGCCGCCGCUGCGACGGCCCUCAGGCCCCUCAGGGCCGUCAUCCUGGGCGCGCCGGCGUCCGGCAAGGGCACCGUCUCCUCCAGAAUUGUCCAGCAGUUCGACGUCGCGCACAUCUCCAGCGGCGACAAGCUGCGCUUCCACGUGUCUGUCGGCUCUGAUCUAGGCAAAGAGGUAAAGAAAUACAUGGACAACGGUAGCUUCGUUCCAGACAACACGAUGAUAUCCCUUAUCGGCAACGAGAUCGGAUCGAUGACGGAUCGGAAUUGGCUGUUGGACGGAUUCCCGAGAACGUUGACGCAGGCGGAGCGAUUGCAGAGGCUACAUCCAAUCAAUCUCGUGCUGAAUCUCGUGGUGCCCACCAUCGUCAUUCUGGAUCGAGUCAAGAGCAGAUGGGUUCAUAUGCCCAGUGGUAGGGUCUACAACAUCGGCUUCAACGAUCCACGAGUGCCGGGCAAGGAUGACAUAACAGGUGAAUUGUUAUGUCAGAGAGAAGAUGACAAACCAGAAGUCGUGCAGAAGAGACUGCAGGAUUACGCGAUGAAAACCGAGCCAGUUUUGCAGUUUUAUCGCGAGAUUGGAAUACUGAGGGAAUUUCACGGCAACACCACGAAUGAAAUGUGGCCGGCGAUCAGGAAUUGCGUGGCACAAUACUGUUGGUCUUCAGAGAGAUCGAAUAUUUAAAUAACUUCAAAUGUCGGAUAAUCGUACAGAUGGUUCUGAUUUUCAAAUCUAGAUCUGUUCGAAGAAUUUUCUUUUUCGAUAGAUAUAUCUUUAAAAGAAACAGAUUUUUGGACAUUAAAUCUAAUUCUUACAUCUUAUCUGCCUAAAAAUUAAAUUGAAUUAAAUAGAUAGAUCUCAUUAGAUUAGAUAAUGCGCGUCUAAAAAUAUUCUCGUAUUCAUUAUUUAAGUAUGAAAACGAACAAGUCUAUUCAAAUCUAUUUGAGACCUGUAAUUUGCUCAUUUCACACAAUUUCGAGUAACAAAUGAAAAUAUGCGCUCUCGUCCGACAAUUGUUUCUUUAUCUUGCGACAAUAGAGAGAAUGUGUACUACAGCGCAAUUCACGCGGAGCUCUCUUACGCACGCCAGGAACGCACACAAGCGUGAAUGUCAUUAGGUUGUAAAUACGCGCCAUGUCGUGUCGACAAUAAUAGGCUGUCUUAGAUGUUUCCGAUGUCUAUGUGAUACAACGAGAUUUCACGAUAACUAAAGACAUUGAAUCGAGGAUGAGUUAUCUCUUGUUUCCGCGAGCUUAGCACUUGCAUGACGAGCUGUUGAUUGCUACAGUUGUUUGGCUAAAGUCCGAAAUAUAGUACAAAUUACAAAUAGGAAUGAUGAGUAGGAAUGAUCGUUCGAAUGAUCGAUGAUACAUUUCUGAAAUGGCGUAAUCGUCACA